UUGUUCAGGCGCCGGCAAAAACUGGGGUGUGGGCCUGGGCUGGGGACAAGGCCCCGCCCACCCCGCUGUUCCGCCCGUGUCACGAGGCCGCCGCGCAUAAACACUGUCCCGCGGGUGCUCGGGGCCGCUUCACUCGCCUCGACCUCCUAUCUCGCCGCCAGCAUGAUGUGCGGGGCACCCUCUGCUGCCAAGCCAGCCACGGCAGAGACGCAGAAGCUUGUGGACGCGGUGAAGGCCCAGCUUGAAGAGAAGGAGAACCAGAAGUAUUCAGUUUUCAAGGCCGUGUCCUACAAGAACCAGGUGGUGGCGGGGACCAACUACUUUGUCAAGGUGGAUGUUGGGGAAGAGAACUUCUUGCACUUACGGGUGUUCGAGAGCCUCCCGCACGAGAAUAAGCCCCCGGUCCUGGCCGCCUACCAGACCAACAAGUCCAGGCACGACGAGCUGGCCUACUUCUAGGCCCUCGUCCUGUGAAGCUCUGUGUUACCUGCAAGCCAGGGUGUGGGACCAUGAUGUAAAUCAUCCUGCUGGGCCAGUCGGCCAUGGGAGCAGCUUCUUACUCUGUGGUUGGAAAAUGGCUUUGUGUGAUUUUCCCCUCCCAGUGAAUGAUCUCAUAUUGAUCCAGAAGGCACCAUGUGAUCUCCCUCUAAAUACAUAUUUUUAAAGUCUUUA